AUGGCAGGAGGUGUUGAGUUUCUGAGCUAUCGGUGCCUGCAUGCGCCCUUGGCAGUUGGCAAUUUCAUCCUCAAGCCGAAUCAACGGGCUUUCAGUGACAUGAUGGAUAUGCUGUCUGCUGGCUUCACUCCAGAGAGGGGAUGGGGAUUGCGGGAUUUGAAGAUCGGCCCCGAUGGCUGGCAUCUAAAUUGCGACGAUCCCGGCUGGGAAUCCAAAGCGUAUUGCGCAGAUCGCAAUACUUCAAGAUGGGACUUUCUAGGUGCCGAAGGCGACAAGGGACUCUUAUUCACAGAGUAUAGCGCCAUUCGGCGAGCUUUCCGAACUUUGAAGAAGUCUGACUACACGCAAAUGACCAAGAGCUACAACUUCUUCGGCCCUAUAAAGCCCUGGAUGCCGAUCAAGCGGUGUGAGAUUCUUUCGGACGCGAACCAUUGGAAUCUACACCCAGUCGGUCACAUUCCGCAGUUUUGGGAGCUCUAUGAGAAGUAUAGCCGCAGCAAAAUGAUAGCUACAGAGCCACUUUACUGCGUCUCAGAUUUGGACCGGAGCUGGGCUUCCUUCAGAUCAUGUCUCUCAGCCGUGCACAUCUAG